AUGGGUCAUUUCUCAGCGUUGAAGCCGGGCUUUACUGCAAAGGACGCAGCCAUAGCCUUCAUUCAUACAAUUGUGCGUUUCCAUGGGUUCUUUACUACUAUGGUUUCUGAUCGCGAUCCUAUUUUUCUAAGCAAGUUUUGGCGAAACCUAUUUGAGUUUAGCGGCACCAAAUUGCAUUACAGUAUCGCUUAUCACCCUCAGAGUAACGGUCAAACUGAGGUGGUGAACAGGACAGUGGAACACAAUCAAUAUGCCCCCCAUGAGGCCUUGUAUGGCUUCCCUAUGCCCACUAUACCUGGCUAUACCCCUGGCUCUACUACUUUACGCUACUCGCUGCAACAGGCUCAGAACAAGAUGCAAAACCAGGCUAAUAAACAUAGAAGGGAGAAACAAUUUGAGGUGGGACAAUGGGUUUUGUUAAAAAUUAGAGCCUACAAACAACGUUCUGUCACAAGGGGAAAAUUCAACAAAUUCCAUCAAUGCUAUUAUGGUCCAUAUCAGAUAGUUCAAAAGGUUGGAUUAGUGGCUUACCGUUUGAAGCUACCUGAUGCGUGUGCCUUGCAUCCCGUGUUUCAUGUGUCUGUGUUGAAGGAGUACCACGGCGACCCGACUACGGCGGUGUCUUCGACUGCCGACUUGCCCUCCUCUCUUCGGCCCCACCCGCUUGCGAUUUUGGCCCGCCGCACUGCCAAUAGCCCAGAUGGACCACGAUCUUAG